AAAUGGAUUAUAAUAUUCUAAUGUCCUGUUUAUUUGACUUCACUAUAAUGUUAAAAUUUAUUUAUUGGAAAAAAUAUCUAUUGAUUGAUUGUGCUUUAACAAUUGCAGAUUUCAUUCAUACAAUUACUUUUUUGUCUAUAAUAUUGGAAAUAUUUUAUUGGUCUGUAAUGUAUAAUUAUUAUUGUAAUUUUAUUCAUCUAUCAUUCUGCAUAAUGUGUAGUGAACUAAAGUGAAUGAAACCACAACUACUUUCUUCCAUAAUCACAUCGCUCUUUCACCUCUACAAUUCCUUGCAAUCGAUAUAAUUGGCAUAUCAGUUACUAGAUAGUAGAUUCUGAAGUAUUUCCGUCGGUUACUUAAAAGUAAGUUAGUAGCAUUUUCAUAGUUCCAUAGUUGUAAUAUUUACUUCUAAAUUAUAAACUUUACUACUUUCUCCACAUUUCAGCUUGCAAAGAUGCCAAAAAUUCAGGCACACAAGCUCAAAAGAAAAUUACUCGAUGAGUUCAAAGACUUUGAGGAUGUUGAUGGAGUGAUACAGUGCAAGUUUUGUCAUGUGAAGAUGGACAGGUUGAAAAAGUCUGAUUUCGUGCAACAUUCCAAAACCAAGAAACACCGGAACAACGUGCAAAGUAUUAAUGAGGAAAUCCCCAAUAUGAAUGAUGGUGAUAGGGAGGAUAUUGGAAUUGAACAGGAGAUGGGAACUUCACCGCAAAAACAGUUCAAUGAGAAACUUUGUCGUGCGCUGUUGUCUGCUGACAUCCCUCUGAUCCGAAAUAUCCAUUAAUUAUUGUUUAUAACAUGAACAUUUUCACGCAUUUCACUACAAUUAAUUAAGCUUAAAAAUAUUAUUUUGUGUGAAAAAG